UUCCUCAUCAAGUGUAACACCAACAUCAAGCAUAGAAUCGUCAUCAGCAAGCAUAGUGUCUUCCUCAUCAAGUGUAACGCCAACUUCAAGCAUCGAGCCCUCUUCAUCAACCAUGGAGCCUUCGUCAUCAAGCGUAACGCCUACAUCAAGCAUAGAGCCGUCGUCAGCAACCGUGGAGUCCUCAUCCAGCGUAGAGCCUACCUCGAGCGUCCAGCUUACAUCGAUGCAAGAAUCGUCAUCGUCAUCUCUGCUUCAAACACCGACGUCGAGUAUGGAACCUACAUCGAGCGAAGAGUCUUCGUCAUCAAGCGAUAUGCCCACCUCAAGUAUAGAGCCUACCUCGAGCGAGCAGCCUUCAUCAUCAAGCGAUACGCCCACCUCAAGCGUGAGCGUAGAGCCUACCACAAGCAUAGAAAUCUCAUCAUCAAGCGGAACACCGACGUCGAGCAUGCAAUUCACGUCAAGCGAGGAGUCUUCCUCGUCAAGUGAGGCGCCGACAUCAAGCGCUGCAUCCACGUCGAGCGAGACCUCAAUUUCAUCAAGCGAAGGAGUAUCUUCUACCGAAUUCAGCCAAACGCUUUCCUCAAGCACACUAAGCGAGACACCAACAUCGAGUGAAUCAGCUACCGUAACCUCCAGUGAAAACUAUAGUUCCAGCGCUCAAUCAUCAUCAGCGUCGCCCACUCCAACAGCUUCACCUUUACUUCGUAUCUGGCCGUAUCAAAGCAAGCAAAUCGGCGACCCAUUAGAUGCAACGGAACUGUCCCAGCGGGCGUCGUGCGAGAACGCACGGACAUCGGCUACCACUCCGAAUGAUUUCCUCACCAACUCUUGCGGCGGCUGUCUUCAGGACAUUGGAAUUUUGACGGCAGAAGUCCUCAACUUCUGUGUUAUGGGUCUUUUCAACCAGGACAGUGGGCCUUUCACAGGCUGGAUGUCAACCACGAAUGUCUGCCAAGGAUGGGACCUCACAGGCGGUGGAAUUGCCCACAUUACCUGUAGUGGUCCAAAUGUUACCGGGCUAUCGAUUACAAGUGACUUAGUGAACGGGAUGCCUUCAUAUAUGGGCAAGCUUCUAUCGCUUGAGACGCUGGAAGUCAGCAGGUUAGGAAAUGUCGACUCGUCUGCUCCGUUUGCCGCGGAAUUUUGGCAAUUGCCCCAUUUACAAGAUGUAACCAUUAGCGAAGGUAUCUGGGACAUCACCUUCCCAGCAAACGUCACUUCUUUAAAGAGACUUGUUAUCAGAAACAUGGAUAUCGUAACAUCAUCUCUACAAAACUUGGCUACCGCGCCAUUGGAGAGAAUUACCUUCAUUGUGGUGGAUCUAAGCGGACUCGGAACGAUACCGUCUUGGAUUGGUGGCAGUCAGACUUGGUCCCAAACUCUCCAGUCCCUGCAAUUCGAGUACACUGGAUUGGGAGGUGCAAUUCCAACGAACCUGCAAAAUCUUGCCUCGCUGACGGUUAUCUCACUCGCACACAACUCCCUUACGGGAUCUAUUCCUGCACCAGUCUGCAGCUUAAGUCUGUCAGUCUGCGACAUGAGAUCUAACCCAAGCUUGGUCAGAGGAACGUGCGCAAAAUGUCUAGAUUGAUGCCUUUUCUCGUCUUAAUCAAUUAAAUGACAAAAAAAAAAAUUAAAUAUCCGG